AUUUAGGAAAAACUUUGAAAGGGAGCCACAAGCUUGGUGAACAAAUUAUUAUACAACAGCAGCUGAUUUAUCUUAAUGCUCUCCAUCAGGGGCUUUAUUUUCUUGCAGAAUGUCGGUGCUGAGGACCUGCGUACUGAUUGGAUUCUUUUUCUUGGCAUGCCACUUUGGGUCAGAGGGCUUUGUGCUGCAGUUUAACUCGUAUUGCAUUUUUGAUACCAUGGAAGACAUGGAGUACCAGCUCAUGUUUGUCUUUAACAAGCAGCCACUACUUCAGUAUAACCCCAGACUUGAGAAGUUUGUUGCCUUAGCAAGCUAUGGAUUUGGUAUUGUAAAGUACUUGAACAAUGAUACUGCCUAUCUGCAAGAGAUGAAACAAAGAGUAAAUACAACAUGCCGAAAGACAAUGAGUGAAUACUGGAAGAAAACAGUUCCAAGAAAAGCACAACCUUCUGUGGGAAUUGACAGAAUUGUUCCACAAACUACAAGCUUCACCACAGCACUGAAGUGUCACGUGGUUGGAUUCUAUCCACCAGAAGUGUCUAUUACGUGGCAAAAAAAUGGAGAGAUGGUCAACCAAUCUGUCUACAUAACACCAGUUAUACCCAAUGGUGACUGGACCUAUCAGAUUACUGCAUCAUUGGAAUUCACACCAAGUAUGGGUGACAAGUAUAUCUGUCUGGUGAACCAUGUGAGCCUUGAUGCACCAAUAGCCAUACAGUGGAAGCCAGGCAUAAACAACUAUGAGACAUACUAUAGCACCGCUGCUACGAUUGUGUUUGUUGUAGGACUCCUGGUCUUGUUCCUGGGAAUCAUCUUCUGGAAAUCAGCUUACAGUGGUUUUAUGUAUAUUCCGAUAUAUGGGAACACAGAUGAAUAAAGGGCCUUGCUAGUGGUACACCACCUAUCCCACAGCAACUUCCCAUGCUCAUGGGGAAUGUUUUUUUAAUAGGACUGCAAAUUUAUUCUGAUCCCUUCUAAAAAUAUAUAUCAUCUGUGUGGAGGAGUAUACUUUCUCCUACUGAUAAAAGACUGACGGGACUGUUUAAGAAGAAAUGACUAACUGGAGCGCUACAGCAGUAAACAGAGUCAAGAACAUCAGACUGUGUGAUGGAAAGUUUCAUGUUCCAUUUCAUCUUCUGCCAUUUAACUGCUGAGUGGUAUUCCUGAAUAAGUUCCUCAAACACAUUUUGAUGUCAGCACUGAAAAAAGACACUGGAGUGAAUGUCAACAUUUUAACUAGAAACAUCUCAGAUCUAAGUUCUGGUAUUAUAAUUGUACCAAGUCAUAUUUGAUAAAUUACUGCCUUUAGAGGAAUGUUGCUUUGCACCUUAUUGGAUGAGUUAUUCUUUGAAAUGAAAUGCGGCAAAAACAAUUAAGAUAAACACAGUAUUGUAUACAUAGUGGUUUGAUUCUCACCUUUGAAGGGAUAUUUGCAAGGCUUAAAAAUGGCUUGCAAAGGAAAGGCAGCUAGCCUAUCACUUAUCUAAUAGCAGAAAUGUAUGCUGCAUUAGCCUAAUUUCCAUGGCAAAACACUGUUAUUAAUGUGAUUUCCUGAAGUGAGUACUGGAAUCUUGCAGAAUAUUUUCACUGAUUUGUCUUUUUGUUUCUCUGUCUCUUCUUUGCAUUAAAUUGCUGCUUUUAAUUUA